GAAGGCAUGAUGGCGGCCACCAUGAAGGGAACUGUUGCAGUUGAAGAUGUCAAUGUCACUUUCGAAGACCAGCAGAAAAUCAACAAAUUUGCAAGGAGUACAAAUCGAAUGACUGAACUCAGAGAAGAGAUAGAAGCUAAAAAAAAAUCCCUGCAGAACAUCCAGGAUUCAAGUGAUGACCUCAUGAUGAUUGAUGAUGACUCCUUAAUGAUCCCCUAUCAAGUUGGUGAAGUAUUUAUCAGCCACACCCAGGAAGAAACACAAGAGAUGCUGGAAGCUGCUAAGGAAGCACUGGAGCACGAGAUCAGGGACCUUGAAGAAAAAGUGUCAGCGAUACAGCAAGUGUUAAGCGAUCUUAAGGUCCAACUUUAUGCCAAGUUUGGCAACAACAUCAACCUGGAGGCGGAUUAAAGCUGAGUGGUGAAAUGGACACUGACAGCUGUAACAGCAUGGAUUUUCUCAUGCAACUCGUGUAUCAAAAUACAGUCUGCCAAAACUUACCCAUCAAGCAAGCCUUUAUCGACAGAUUAGACUCGCUCAAUCUGGCAUGUGAUGUUAUUGACGUUUGUUUACAAAAAAUGUGUUUUGAGCUUUGUUUUUGGCACAAAAAAUGACAGAAAGUACGAGGGUUUGGAGAUUGAAUAAAUAAAUGCACAUUAUAUCCUAUUACAGUUUGCUGUUCACUUAAUGUUUUACAUAUGUGAAACAGUAAAACUUUUUUGUGACCUUCAUGAUAACCCUUCUGUGCAAGAACCAUAAUUAUAUUUGUUAAGCACUGACUUUGUGACUGCGCUAUUAUUGCAAAGACAAGGAUGAAGUCAAAACCAGUGACAGCUUAAUGCCAUUAUGCCAAUGACAACAUAACCAUUAUAACAGUUUUGAAGGAGUAACAGUUUACACGUUUUACUCGGCUGCCUGUUUUCUUUGGGCAUUUUAUACAAUGUUGUCAGACAGGUUGGUUUACUCAUCAGUUGGAUAUUUUCACUUCGUGAUAACUUUAAUUAUGUUGCAUUAAGAAACGGGUGAGAUCCAAAUCAACUUUCCUAUGUGGAGAAUUCUAUAUCUGAAACUCAAGGGAUUAUUGUCUGAUUAGGAGAAUGCCAUCCAAAUAUACAUUUACAAUAGGACACUAUUUUUGUUUCACUUAACUACAUAUCAUGAGGACUUCAGAUGUACAAGAUUAGCCAGAAUUUAAGGUGAGAGAAGUGAGGGCAGUAUCCAGUGAGUUUGAAAUGCAAUGGUAUUCUUUGAUGAUCUAUUAGUGGUGAAGAAAUUUCCUACACAAUAGUGUUACAUGUUUUGAAAACGAAACUUGUUAAGUUUGGCUGUGUUGAAAUGAGUAUGUAACGGUCAGUCUUGUAACCUGAGAAUAAAACAAGAUUUAGGUUAGAUA